CAGGAAAAACCAUUAUGUCGGAAUAUGCAUACAGUGUUUUCAGAAUCCAUAAAGGGUUGGAAGGCGGAUACGACAUUACCAUACAACAGCCAUAUAGGUCAUGGUCCAACGUUUAAUUCCACCACAUAUAUGUUAUAUGGUCGUUUCUCGGCAAAAGUGAAAGCUUCUCAUAUUGGUGGUGCCAUCACAGCCGUUAUUCUGAUUGCUGACGGCGGUGAUGAAAUUGACUUUGAGCUAUUAGGGUGUAAGACAAACUAUUUUUGGGGACCCCAUCCUAUGUACACUGUGAAUGGCGGUUUUCACAAUGUAAGCGGUGACAAUAUCUAUGAAAAAUUCCACACCUAUACAAUUGACUGGUCGCCCGAACGUAUCAUAUGGACUAUUGAUGAUGAUGUCGUACGUACCAAAGAACGAUAUCAGACAUGUGAAGGAUCCGUUUGCAAGUUUCCAUCUCAUCCUGCACGUGUGCAAAUAGGAUUCUGGGACGGAAGUUUUGAGUUUGGUACAGCGGAAUGGUCACACGGCCCUAUUGAUUGGGAGAGGCACACUGCAACAAACAUCACAUCAGUUCUGCAGGAAGUAACUAUUGAGUGCGACCCAGAGUAUAAUCAAGUGGUCGAU